GUAAUUUUCCGGUGUGGGCAAAUGCCCCUGGCUUUGGCGGCCCGUCCGAACGGUAUAUGCUGUCACGUCACGUACAUCACGUCAGGUCACGUACCAGUGGCUGCAGCGUCGCCGACACAGAGGAGGAGGAGGAGAAGGAGGAGGAGGUGGUGGUAGUUCACCUUCGCCGCCUGGGCCCGCAUGAUCAGUUCCAAGUGAGUUCUGUCUUUAUGACUUAAAAGUACGGGUGUCUCACGAGCCCGUCGCAUGCUUCCCGCUCAUGUUCAAGUGCACCUGGCCUCUGUUUCUCACCAUCAUUCUUACUGUUUGCUGUUAUACACUCACGCGGAUGGACAGAACGGCAACCGCACUACCACACAAAGAAUUGUGUGACAACAAAGAGGGUGACAACGAAGGGUAUGACAACAAAGAGUGUGACAACAAAGAGUGUGACAAUGUGAUGGGUUGCAUACGGAAGGACAAUGAUGGUUAUGAUAGCCGAGGCCGUGCAGCGACUAAGUCCGAGGGGGAUGGAGAGAACCUUCUUCUUGUUAUAGCCCAUCCAGACGACGAGUCGAUGUUUUUCGCGCCGUCGAUCCUUAGUCUUGUCAGCUUUGACGAUGGUGAAGAAUGGAUGGCGAUGACAAGGAAGAGAAAAGACAAGAACGAGGAGGAGGAGAAGGUGGUGGAGGAAGAGGAGGGAGAGGAGGAGGUGGAGGAGGAGGAGGAGGAGGAGGUGGGGGUGAAAGCUGGCGGAAGAAAAACCCGUUCAAAAUGGAGAAGAAGGAUGUUUGUCUUGUGUCUUUCCUCAGGGAAUGCCGAUGGAUUGGGUGCGAUCCGAACGAACGAAUUGUAUUCAGCUUGUGAAACGCUUGGAAUAAGUAGGGAGGAGGUGGUAGUGCUUGACCUUCCAGGUUUGCAAGAUGGAUUCGAUAAGAAAUGGGAUGAAGGAUUGAUAUCUAAGCUCGUGGCUAUGGCGGUCAUUCGAAGUAGAGCGACGUCCAUCCUCACGUUUGAUCACCACGGGAUCUCUGGACACCCUAAUCACAUUUCCGUUCAUAGAGGAGUAGUUGCCUUUCUUGCCAAUCAGUCGUCUCUGUUGCGUAGCGAACAAUUAAUGGCACGUCAGCCAGAGCAAACAGAUGGAGGAGGAGGAAGAGGAGGAGGAGGAGGAGGAGGGGAUUACAAGUAUGAAGGGUGUGGAGAAGAGAGAAACGUGAGGAGCAUUGAGGGGAAGGAGGAUGGUUGGUGGCUUUUGGGAGAAGAGAGUAGUGGCGGGAAAUGGUACGGUAGAGAGGAAGAUAGUGGCGGGAAAAAAUGGCGGGAAAAGGUUGAGGGAGGAAGAGUGGUAGUUGAAGGAUGGGAACUUGUUAGUACUGGCUUGAUUAGGAAAUAUAUUGCUUGGUUUGAUUUGGCCUUUUCCGUUUUGGAGUGCACUUUUUCGGGUCGCCGCGCUGAUUGGCUCUUGUUCCGAUCGCCGUCGGUCUGGACCGGGAUCUCGGCCAUGGCGAAACACGCCAGCCAGUUUGUCUGGUAUCGCCGUCUGUUUGUCGUGUUCUCGCGGUACUCUUACAUAAACACGUUGCGUAGAAGAAAGCUUCGUAAAGGGGAGCGUGUCAUGGAGGUCGCCAAUGAUGUAGUAAUUGGGGGAUCAUUGCUAUCAGCUAAUAAGCCUGAAGUGAGGAAGCUGCGAGCUGUCCCAAUAAUGCGGGACAACUUCGCUCCAUUCGGUGAAGUAGCUGAGCCCCAGGAGGACGGGCCUCCAGAAAGUGGGCCGAUGGACGUCUCGUUGGACCUCAGCCGAGGCACGCCCAGGUUCUAUAUCAUGCGCUUACGGGAUCGUUGUUUGAAGGUUCGGCAUAUCACCCACCAUGCGAUGGUGACCCAGUGCUUGGGGACAAUGACGCCCCGAGCGUGGUACUUGGCUGUGGCGCCACCAUCGCUUGUAGAGGAGGGACAGGAACAGGGGCUUCACGAUGGGGAGACAUGUCCAAAGGGUGUUCUUAUCCACCGUAAGGGGGAGUCAUGGCAUGCGUAUCGCCCGCCAAAAGUGGACGAUAUCCAAGUGUUUCGCAUCGACGGCCCCAAAUUCCUGAAGCUGCAUCGAGGAACAUGGCAUGAGGGUCCUCUUUUUGACGGGGGAAUGAUGGAUUUUUACAACUUGGAGCUGAAUGACACAAAUGUGAAUGACCACACGAAGCACAGCUUCCUUGAGCAAGAUGGAGUGGUGUUUGAAAUAGAGGAUGACCAAGCAGCAACUUGAUUGGCGAGGAGAUGGAAGGUUGAUGCUCGUAAGACGGAGAGCAGAUGAUGACGAGGCAGAAAGCGUAUGACGAUCGACGCCGAAAGCCGAUGAUGACAAGGCAGAAAACUUGCGGCAAGGUGGAAUGCUCCUGAAGAGAUAUGGGCAACCGAUCGAUCAUCGUGGUGCAAUGCAGAUCGAAUGUCCAGGUAUGCGCCGAUCGAUCAUCGUAGUGCGAUGAGCAGAUGAGCAGAUGAUGAAGAGGCAGAAAGAAGAUGACGAGUGACGCCAGAAGCAGAUGAUGAUGACAAGGCAGAAAACUUGUGGCUAGGUUGGUACUCGUAAGACGAAGAGCCAGAUGAAGAGGCAGAAAGCGGAUGACGAUCGACGCCGAAAGCCGAUGACGACAAGGUGGAACGCUGCUCAAGAGUUAUGGGUAACCGAUGAGGAGGUGGAGGGAGUGUAGAAGAUGGAGAUCGAUCAUCGUAGUGCAAUGCAGAUCGGAUGGUUCAGUGUGGAAUGCGGAACACAGAGAGAUAGGCGAUAUCAACUAUGGUUAUAUGUCAAAACCCAAACGCGGAUUCAGUGACAAGGCGGAAUGUGGAAGAGAGGCAUGAUUGAUGAGAGUGACACGUCGGAGCGGAGCGGGACGUCCGUAGCCUUCUGUUUCGAAGGUGGUGGAAAGAACAUGGACAUCAACUCCCUCUCUGUUUCACUUCAGGACGGAGGCCGGCUCGGGAGAUAAAAGCCGGAACGAACGAGGGUGGGAGAAGCAGGGAUCAACCAUGGUUGCAGCCAAGGUUGAAGGUGAAAGACGGGGAUCAACGAUGACGGCAAAAUGUCGGGAGCCAAUGCAGAUGUCCAUAGCCUGGUGUCUUUAGAUGGACUGCAUUCGAAGGUGGUGGAAAGAACAAGGACGCCAGCUUGCUCUCUUUCACUGCAGGACAGAGGGUGGGAGAAGCAGGUUUAGUUCGAGCCAAUAUGGUCUUCAUCUAUCGGCAAAAGGGCCCCAACGUGAUGGGGGGUGGGUGGGGGAAGAACAAGAAAAGAAAAAAAAAGAGUCCACGUUGCCUUCCACAGGUGUUGCAGUCGCACAGGAGUCUAGCAUACGUCAUCAUGUGUUCUCUGCCUAACUUCUGUGCACAAAAGGGGAAGCAUUCCAAUUUCCAAGCCAUCCAUACACAAAGCAGGGGAUGGUUUUGAUGCUGCCGAUGAUGAGAUGGUAUGCUGAUGAUGAUGAGAUGAUGGCAGAAACAUAAUCAAAGAGUGCUUGCCCAUUUUGUGCAGAGAAGAGUUCCCUCUUCUGUAUAACUGUUUGACUGUCAGGACAUGAACCGCGCGCGGUUAGCACUUGGGCAUGGUUAGAACUUAGAAGUGACUGGUUAACUGCCAGGGCAGUAACCAUGGUAACAGUUGGAUAUGACUGGAGGGCAAAGUCAAUUUUGCUCAUCCUAUCGAUGCAAGUAGCGUGA